AAACUCUGCCCGUUAACACGAGACAACUCUCAAACAGUUAUUCAAAGCCUCGGAAUAGUAUAUUCAUGUCCCAGACCUGACAGAGGGAUCAAAGAGAAAUAACAGGAUGUCUCACGAGACAGUUGUUGAAAAAAGAAGUAAAAAGAAAUGCCAAGAACUUCCCUGUUUGACUUGUUCAUCAUUAGGUGGACACAUCGCAAACAACACUCACAAUAAGAAGACUUCAUUUGACAACAUUUAUUCUUGUAUGGAACUGUGUACAGAUAGCAAUGACAAUGGAAUCAUUUAUUUGAACCCUCAAACACCAAAUAGUUCUCUUGUGGAGAUUUUUGCUGAGCCAGCAGAAGAAACAGAAAUAUAUGAUAAACAAGCACACAACACAGCCUUGUUACAAUGCACUAAAUACACUGAAACCAAUAAAAUAUUUGACCCUAAUGACUUACUUUUGGGUGCAUUGUAUCGAAAGGAAAGAAACUUUCUCAAACAUAUAAAAAGCCAAAGUGAUGUUUCAUCCAAACAGGUAAAUGAGAAAUAUUGUUCAAACAAAAGUGACAAUAAGAUUGAAAAAAAGAAUGUAAAUAGUUCUUCUGUUAAGAAUCUACUUCAAAUACAGGAUGAUGUCAAAGUCCCUGGACUUUUGAUUGGAUUGAAAAAACAGUGUGCAAGCGAACCAGAAGACCGCCCCUUCAAAUGCAUGCACUGCCACUGGGCUUUCAAGAAACUUUGCAACCUACAGAGUCACCUACAAACACACACUGGCCUCAAGCCACAUGUAUGUGAUAUAUGUGGCAAAGCUUAUUCUCAUCAGGGAACACUGCAGCAGCACAAGCACCUGCACACAGGUGAAAGACCAUAUCAGUGCCCCUUCUGUGUAAAAACAUAUAUCUGGUCCUCAGAUUACCGGAAACAUAUUCGCACACACACUGGUGAAAAGCCUUACAUCUGUGACACUUGUGGAAAGGAUUUCAUCCGCUCCUCUGACCUGCGGAAGCAUGAACGAAACAUGCACAUCAAUGACAAACCUUUUCUAUGUACACACUGUGGCAAGACCUUCAACAAACCUCUAUCCUUGAAGCGUCAUGAGCGGAAGCACUUGGGUGAAAAGCCUUUCUCCUGCCCUGAUUGUGGAAAAGCAUUCACCCUUGCCAGUCGCAUGGCAGAGCACCAGAAAAUUCACAAAGGAGUGCGUCCAUAUGUAUGCUCUGUGUGUUCAAAAUGUUUCACUAAAUCCUCAAACCUGACAGAGCAUGAGGCUAUUCACAGUGGAGUGAGGCCUUACAUGUGUACAGAGUGUGGUGUGGCGUUUACCAUGGCUUCCCGCCUGGCUCGUCACCAGAUCGUCCACAGCAAACAGAAACCCCAUAGUUGUAUGGGUUGCAGCAAAAACUUCAGCCAUCUUUUACAACUGAAGAUUCAUCAGGAAAAAAACUGUGCCGGGAGGAUCUUUGUCUGUGUAGAGUGUAACAAAUCUUUUCAGUGUGCCACAAAGCUUAAACAGCAUGUGCUGAAACACAGGGACAAAAGUGUGUGAAUCUAUUUAAAGGCUGAAUAAAUCCAUCCCUUUGCUGGAACAUUCUACCAUAUAUCUAAAUAUUUGAAAAUAUAGCUGUAUUUUUAAAAUGUAUCCGGAGACUUUGAACCCAUUCAGUGAUUAAGGGCAACAGGUUAUGUUGUAUAAGUGAAUACAUGUAUUUAUGAUUAUUGCAACUGUUCUUUCCAUCCCUUUUCCACAACACAGUGCUGGGUACCAAGCACCAUGUUGUGGAAUUAAUAUUUCCAUGAGCACAACAUUGAUAACUGACAGUGUGAUAUGAAACUGGUAACAAGACUUACAGGCCAAUUUUUAAGUAAAAAUGCACAUUCAGUUAAGGGAUUAUGCAGUGAUAUACAAUUCAAGUAAUUGUACAUGUGGUGUCUGAGGUGGUACACACCUACCUACUCUAAGUAAAGUGUCCUUACUUGAGAGUGGUAUUGUGCAAUGUAUGGAUACACAGGGAAUUAAACACUAAACAAUGGCAACAGUGACCUCAUACAGGUGACGACUGCUGUAGUAUCCAUUUUUAGAUAACAAGCUGUCUAUUUUUCUUACAAAUUGAACAUUGUUACAUUUUCUUCGGCGCAAAGUGGUAGUUACAUCUGGUGAGCUGUGGGCAGAUAUAGCAUUCUUUUUUACUUCACAAACAAACAGCAAUAAUCAAAGAUCAAAGCAGUCACAAUAUUUAUAGGUCACAUCUUCAGGUUUUACAAAAUCCCCUUUUAAAUGUUUUGGUGAUGUCUUGUUAAAGUUAUGAUAUUUGUAAACUGGCAGUGGUAAUAAUUGCAUGGAACUCACAAUGAACAUUUUUCUGUGAACUGUGACAUAUUUUAUUGAUAAUGGAUAUUACGUUAAAUAAAAAAAUCUAUUUGGUUUUUUAAAUUUCAAAAUUAUGCUUUUUGCUCAACCAUAUUGACGAAAAUAAAAAAAUAAAUAAUCAGCUUGCCGAAGUUGCGCUGAAAAAGGGAUAUAACGCACUAUAUUGCAUAUUCUUUACAUUUUAACUGAAAUUAAGAAAAAAAGCUGUCAAAAUGUGCUGAGUUGUAAAGGUUAAAAAAGAAACAUUCAUGUGAUGAGUAAAAUUACACGUUUCGAUAAAUGUACAACAGAUAAAAUUAUAUUAAUGUUUUAGCUCCAGAGAAAAAGAUGUGUAUAGCAGUACAUGUCGGAAUUCACUCUGUAUUCUUUGUUAUUGACUUUGCUUCAUUUUAAUCAUAUUGUUUGUAUGUUUAAAAGAAAAUCAAAUAAACACCAACAAUGCAAAUCUGUCA